AUGCUGUGGCCGCUGCUGCUGCUAGCCUUAUGGCCUUGGUACAGUGCUCGGGCCGGCGACCAGGACGAGGACACGGCCUUUGACCUCUUCAGAAUCAGCAGCAUCAACCGCAAGACCAUCGGGGCCAAGCAGUUCCGGGGCCCGGACCCCAGCGCGCCCGCCUACCGCUUCGUGCGCUUUGACUAUAUCCCUCCGGUGAGCGCGGAGCACCUGGGUCGGAUCGCCGAGGCCAUGCGGCGGAAGGAGGGCUUUUUCCUGACGGCCAGCCUGAAGCAGGACCGCAAGUCCAGGGGCACCCUGCUGGCGCUGGAGGGCCCAGGCGCCACACACAGGCAGUUCGAGAUCGUGUCCAACGGCCCCGCCGACACCCUGGACCUCACGUACUGGGUGGACGGCACCCAGCACGUCAUCUCCCUGGAGGACGUGGGCCUGGCUGAUUCCCAGUGGAAGAACAUCACUGUGCAGGUGACCGGAGAGACCUACAGCCUCUACGUGGGCUGCGACCUGAUGGACAGCUUCACGCUGGACGAGCCCUUUUACGAGCAGCUGAAGACCGAGAAGAGCAGGAUGUACGUGGCCAAGGGCCCCGCCCGAGAGAGUCACUUCCGGGGUUUGCUGCAGAACGUCUACUUAGUGUUUGAAAACUCAGUGGAAGAUCUUCUGAGCAAGAAAGGUUGCCAGCAAAGCCAGGGAGCCGAAGCCAACGCCAUCAGCGAGAACACGGAGACGCUGCACCUGAGCCCCCCAGUCUCCAUGGAGCACGUGGGCCGGAGUGAGGCCAAGGGCCUGGAGGUGUGCGAGCACUCCUGCGAGGAGCUGGGCAGCUUGAUCAGGGAGCUGUCAGGGCUGCACGUCAUCGUGAACCAGCUCCACGAGAACCUGCGCAAAGUGCACGUCAAGGGGCAGAACACGUGCCUCAGGUCUUAGGAGGCGCGCCUUAGGGCUCAGAGCAGGUUGCUGGCAUCUAAUGACAACCGGUUUCUCUGGGAGCUCAUUGGAGGACCCCCCAAGACCAGGAACAUGUCCGCCUGCUUGCAGGACGGCAGGUUCUUUGCGGAAAAUGAAACCUGGGUGGUGGACAGCUGCACCAAGUGCACCUGCAAGAAAUUUAAAACCGUUUGCCACCAGAUCAGCUGCCCUCCCGCCACGUGCGCCGACCCGUCGUUUGUGGACGGCGAGUGCUGUCCCUCCUGCUUCCAUGACGGCGAGGACGGCUGGUCCCCAUGGGCGGAGUGGACGGAGUGCUCUGCCACCUGCGGGCCUGGCACCCAGCAGAGGGGGCGGUCCUGUGACGUCACCAGUAACACCUGCCUGGGGCCAUCCAUCCAGACGCGGUCGUGCAGCCUGGGCAAGUGCGACCACCGCAUCCGGCAGGAUGGUGGCUGGAGCCACUGGUCGCCGUGGUCCUCCUGUUCCGUGACCUGUGGGGUCGGCAAUGUCACCCGCAUCCGGCUCUGCAACUCACCAGUGCCGCAGAUGGGCGGGCGGAGCUGCAAGGGUGGUGGCCGCGAGACCAAGGCCUGCCAGGGCCCGCCCUGCCCGGUCGACGGUCGGUGGAGCCCCUGGUCCCCAUGGUCGGCCUGCACGGUCACCUGUGCCGGAGGGAUCCGGGAGCGGACGCGCAUCUGUAACAGCCCGGAGCCCCAGCACGGAGGGAAGGACUGCGUCGGCGACGUCACGGAGCAUCAGAUGUGUAACAGGAGGAGCUGCCCCGCAGACGGCUGCUUGUCCAACCCCUGCUUCCCCGGAGCCGAGUGCCGCAGCUUCCCUGACGGGUCCUGGUCCUGCGGCUCUUGCCCGCUGGGCUUCCUGGGCAACGGCACCCACUGCGAAGACCUGGACGAGUGUGCUGUGGUCACCGACGUGUGCUUCACGACCAGCAAGGCGCACCGUUGCGUCAACACCAACCCCGGCUUCCACUGCCUGCCCUGCCCCCCGCGCUACAAGGGGAGCCAGCCUUUCGGCGUCGGCCUGGAGGCGGCCAGGACGGAGAAGCAGCUGUGUGAGCCUGAGGACCCCUGCAAGGACAAAAGCCACAACUGCCACAGGCAUGCGGAGUGCAUCUACCUGGGCCACUUCAGCGACCCCAUGUACAAGUGCGAGUGCCAGACGGGCUACGCGGGUGACGGGCUCAUCUGCGGGGAGGAUUCAGACCUGGAUGGCUGGCCCAACAAGAACCUGGUCUGCGCCACCAACGCCACCUACCACUGCAUCAAGGACAACUGCCCCCUCCUGCCUAACUCUGGGCAAGAAGACUUUGACAAGGACGGCAUCGGGGACGCCUGUGACGAUGACGAUGACAACGACGGCGUCAGCGAUGAGAAGGACAACUGCCAGCUUGUCUUCAACCCACGUCAGUUUGACUACGACAAAGACGAGGUUGGGGACCGCUGUGACAACUGCCCCUAUGUGCACAACCUGGCGCAGAUCGACACGGACAGCAAUGGGGAGGGCGACGCCUGCUCCGUGGACAUCGAUGGGGAUGAUGUCUUCAAUGAGCGGGACAACUGUCCCUACGUCUACAACACUGACCAGAGGGACACCGAUGGGGACGGUGUGGGUGAUCACUGCGACAACUGCCCCCUGGUGCACAACCCAGACCAGACCGACGUGGACAACGACCUCGUGGGCGACCAGUGUGACAACAACGAGGACAUCGACGAGGACGGACACCAAAACAACCAGGACAACUGCCCCUCCAUCUCCAACGCCAACCAGGCCGACCACGACCACGACGGCAAGGGGGACGCCUGUGACUCGGACGACGACAACGACGGUGUCCCCGACGACCGGGACAACUGCCGGCUUGUGGCCAACCCUGACCAGGAGGACUCAGACGGUGAUGGGCGUGGUGAUGCUUGCAAAGACGACUUUGACAACGACAACAUCCCCGAUAUUGACGACGUGUGUCCUGAGAACCACGCCAUCAGUGAGACGGACUUCCGGAACUUCCAGAUGGUCCACCUGGACCCCAAGGGCACCACUCAGAUCGAUCCCAACUGGGUCAUUCGCCAUCAAGGCAAAGAGCUGGUGCAGACGGCCAACUCCGACCCUGGCAUUGCUGUUGGUUUCGACGAGUUUGGGUCAGUCGACUUCAGCGGCACAUUCUACGUCAACACGGACCGGGAUGACGACUACGCUGGCUUCGUCUUUGGCUACCAGUCCAGCAGCCGUUUCUAUGUGGUGAUGUGGAAGCAGGUCACUCAGACGUACUGGGAAGACAAGCCCACCCGGGCGUACGGCUACUCAGGGGUGUCCCUCAAAGUGGUGAACUCCACCACGGGGACAGGCGAGCACCUGAGGAAUGCCCUGUGGCACACGGGGAACACAGAGGGACAGGUUCGCACGUUAUGGCAUGACCCCAAAAAUAUUGGCUGGAAGGACUACACUGCCUACAGGUGGCAUCUGACCCACAGACCUAAGACAGGUUACAUAAGAGUCUUAGUGCACGAAGGAAAACAGGUCAUGGCGGACUCAGGACCCAUCUAUGACGAAACCUACGCUGGUGGGCGGCUGGGUCUCUUUGUCUUCUCUCAAGAAAUGGUCUACUUCUCCGACCUGAAAUAUGAAUGCAGAGAAGGAGAUGCAAGGACCUUCCCAGACUCGGGCAUCGCCAAGCGGAUGGGCGUGGGCCACCCUGUGGCAUCUUCCAGCUGGAAGCGUCUUCACGAUCCGAUCUUUGCAUCAAGCAAGAGGGAUGGAGGGUGA